AUGCAGCGAGGAGCCUGGACUCUGCAGUGCACUGCUUUCGCUCUCUUUUGCGCUUGGUGUGCAUUGAGCAUCGUGAAGGCGAGGAGGCAGUUUGUGAACGAAUGGGCAGCGGAGAUCCCCGGGGGACCGGAGGCAGCCUCGGCCAUCGCGGAAGAACUGGGCUACGACCUUCUGGGUCAGAUCGGAUCUCUCGAGAAUCAUUACUUAUUCAGACAUAAAAACCACCCCCGGAGGUCUCGAAGGAGUGCCCUGCAUAUCACUAAGAGACUAUCUGAUGAUGAUCGUGUUAUAUGGGCUGAACAACAGUACGGAAAGGAGAGAAGUAAACGUUCAGUUCUGAGAGACUCAGCAGAUAAUCUCUUCAAUGAUCCAAUGUGGAAGCAGCAGUGGUACUUGCAAGAUACUAGGAUGGCUGCAUUCCUGCCCAAGCUGGAUCUUCAUGUGAUACCUGUUUGGCAAAAAGGCAUCACUGGCAAAGGAGUUGUUAUCACUGUACUGGAUGAUGGCUUGGAGUGGAAUCACACAGACAUCUAUGCCAAUUACGAUCCAGAGGCUAGCUAUGAUUUUAAUGAUAACGACCAUGAUCCAUUUCCUCGUUAUGAUCCCACAAAUGAGAACAAACACGGGACCAGAUGUGCAGGAGAAAUUGCCAUGCAAGCCAAUAAUCACAAGUGUGGCGUCGGAGUUGCAUAUAAUUCCAAAGUUGGAGGCAUUAGAAUGCUGGAUGGUAUUGUGACCGAUGCUAUUGAAGCCAGUUCCAUUGGAUUCAAUCCUGGGCACGUGGACAUUUACAGUGCGAGCUGGGGCCCCAACGACGAUGGGAAAACGGUGGAGGGGCCUGGCCGGCUCGCCCAGAAGGCGUUUGAAUAUGGUAUUAAACAGGGGAGACAAGGAAAGGGCUCCAUCUUCGUCUGGGCAUCUGGGAACGGGGGCCGUCAGGGAGAUAACUGUGACUGCGAUGGGUACACAGACAGCAUCUACACCAUCUCCAUCAGCAGUGCCUCGCAGCAGGGCCUGUCCCCCUGGUACGCCGAGAAGUGCUCCUCCACACUGGCCACCUCGUACAGCAGCGGGGAUUACAGGGACCAGCGAAUCACGAGUGCUGACCUGCACAACGACUGUACAGAGACCCACACGGGCACCUCGGCCUCGGCACCCCUGGCUGCUGGCAUCUUCGCUCUGGCCCUGGAAGCAAAUCCAAAUCUAACCUGGCGAGAUAUGCAGCACUUGGUUGUCUGGACCUCUGAGUAUGACCCACUGGCCAAUAACCCUGAAUGGAAAAAGAAUGGCGCCGGCUUGAUGGUGAACAGUCGGUUUGGAUUCGGGCUGCUAAAUGCCAAAGCUCUGGUGGACUUAGCUGAUCCAAGAACCUGGGUCAGUGUGCCUGAGAAGAAAGUGUGUGUGGUAAAGGACAAUGACUUUGAGCCCAGAUCCCUGAAAGCUAAUGGAGAAGUUAUCAUUGAAAUUCCAACAACAGCUUGUGAGGGACAGGAAAAUGCUAUCACAUCCCUGGAACAUGUACAAUUUGAAGCAACAAUUGAAUAUUCCCGAAGAGGAGAUCUUCAUGUCACACUCACUUCUGCUGCUGGAACCAGCACUGUUCUGUUAGCUGAAAGAGAGCGGGAUAGAUCUCCUAAUGGCUUUAAAAAUUGGGACUUCAUGUCUGUUCAUACGUGGGGAGAGAACCCAAUAGGCACCUGGACUUUGCGAAUUGCAGACAUGUCUGGAAGAAAGCAAAAUGAAGGGAGAAUUGUGAACUGGAAGCUGAUUUUGCAUGGGACCUCAACUCAGCCAGAACACAUGAAACGGCCCCGUGUGUACACAUCCUACAACACCGUGCAGAAUGACCGAAGAGGGGUGGAGAAGGUGGUGGACUCAGGAGAGGAGCGGCCCACAGAAGAGAACCGGAAUGAGAAGCCCCUGGCUGCAAAGAGCCUCGGCAGCGGCAGCGGCAGUGGCAGCGUGAGAAACAGAAAGGAGGAGCAGGUGGAGGGAGACCCCUCGGAGGCCAUGCUGCGACUCCUGCAAAGCGCUUUCAGCAAAAACUCACCACUGAAGCAAUCACCAAAGAAGACUUCAGGUGCAAAGCCCAACAUCCCUUACGAAAAUUUCUAUGAAGCCCUGGAAAAGCUGAACAAACCUUCCCACCUUAGAGACACCGAGGACAGUCUGUAUAACGACUAUGUCGAUGUUUUCUAUAACACCAAACCCUACAAGCACAGAGAUGACCGGCUGCUGCAGGCGCUGGUGGACCUUCUGAGGGAGGAAAACUAA